AUGAGCUUGGUCCCUGUGAAGCUGUGGGUUUUACUAAAUUCAGGAAUCUCAAAUUCAUCCCCUCCUCUGCUUUCUCAUCAGCCCUUGCCAGCAGAAUGUCUGCCUCCUCUGCCCCCCCCACCUGAAAACCCCUCUGAACUUGUCAGCUUUUACAACCAUACUCUAUCCUCCUGCCUGGACCAGCUGGCCCCCAUCAGAACCAAAUAUGUCACCUUCAAACACUCAGCUCCCUUGUACACCACCGAACUCUGCGGCAUGAAAGCCCAUGGGCGCCAACUGGAACGGCUCUGCAAGAAAACCAAUCUCAAUGUCCACUGCCAAGCCUAUGCCGACCACCUUCACCGAUACAAAGAUGCCCUCAACUCAGCCCGGUCCGCCUACCACUCAAACCUCAUCAACUCCAGCUCAUCCAACCCAAAGGUCCUCUUCUCCACUAUCAACAAACUCCUCAAACCCCAUGAUAACAUCACAGAUUCCUUCACAGCCACAAAGUGCAAUACCUUUCUGUCAUUUUUUCAAGACAAAAUCGUCUCCAUCCACCACAACCUGGCCACAUCCACAUUCCAUGACCCCUCCCCACCUUCUCCUCCCCCCUUUUCCACCCAGCCACUGUCUCAGUUCUCACCUCUGUCACCAGCCGAGCUCCCCGCACUCAUGGGAGGCAUGAAAAACUCCACCUGCACUCUGGAUCCCAUCCCCUCAAGCUUCAUCAAGGACUGCCUCCCUGUUAUCUCCCCACUCAUCACCACAAUCGUCAACUCCUCCCUCAGCACUGGUUCCGUCCCUCCAUCUCUCAAACUGGCUGCUGUCACCCCAUCCUAAAGCAACCUGGACUUAACCCUGAAAUAAUGAGCAACUUCCGACCAAGCUCCAAUCUCACCUUUCUGUCAAAAAUACUGGAACGAGCUGUCGCCACCCAAAUCAAGACCCACCUCACCUCCAACAAUCUGUUUGAACCCUUCCAGUCAGAUUUCCGCCGACAACACAGCACAGAAACAGCCCUCCUGAAAGUAACCAAUGACCUCCUCCUCUCUUCCGACUCUGGCCACCUCAGCAUCCUCAUCCCCCUCGACCUUACAGCAGCCUUUGACACCAUCAGCCAUUUCAUCCUCCUCUCCUGACUAGAAUCCCCCCUCUGCAUCACUGGCAUCGCCCUCUCCUGGUUUGGAUCCUACCUUUCAGACAGACAACACUUUAUCAGCAUCAAAAACUGCACCUCCUCCACCGCUCCUCCAUGGCGUCCCCCAAGGCUCAGUACUCGGCCCCCUCCUCUUCAUCCUCUACAUGCUCCCCCUUUGGCAAUAUCAUCCGUCGUCAUAGCCUACACUUCCACUGCUACGCUGAUGACGUCCAACUGUACAUCACCACCAAAUCCAUCACCACCACAACGCAUUCCACCCUCACCCACUGCCUGACCGAUGUAAAAUCAUGAAUGCAAACCAACUUCCUCCAGCUGAACGCCAACAAAUCAGAACUCAUCAUCAUCAGCCCCAAGACCUCCAUCAACAGCGCCCACAACUUCCACCUCUCCAUCGACAGCUCGACUCUGCUCCCCUCCCCACACAUCCGGAACCUUGGUGUCAUCUUCGAUCAGAAACUCUCCUUCGAACAACAUAUCAACCACAUCAAAAGAACUGCCUAUUUCCACCUCAGAAAUAUUGCCCCCCCGGCAGCAGAAACCCUCAUUCACGCAUUCAUCACUUUAAGACUGGACUACUGUAACAGCAUCCUUUACGGCUCAUCAUCCAAACUCAUCAAAACACUCCAGACCAUCCAAAACUCUGCCGCCCGCCUCCUCACCCACACCCGCUCCAGAGACCACAUCACCCCUGUCCUCCAAAAUCUACACUGGCUCCCUGUUAAACACCGUAUCACCUUCAAAAUCCUUCUCCUCACCCAUAAAGCUCUUCACAAUCAGGGCCCCUCCUAUAUCAGUACCCUGCUCCACCACCAUAAGACAAGACCUCAGGAAAGUCCAUUACCACAGUGGGGUGAAGCAGCUCAAGGAAGAACAUUAUGAUCACUUUAUCAUUUCCUUGAAGUAAUAAUCAUCAUAUAAAUCAUUUUGCACUGUAGACGCAGUAGUUCUUCUGCCUUAGUGUCUCGGUCUGAUUGCAUUUCCAUGAAGAAAUGAUAGCUUUGACUGUGUGCAGUACCGACUAAAUUUGAUCUGGUGAGCACAUUAAAAUAGUUGCAGAAAAAAAAAGUUUGUAACCAGUGAAGAAAGGGAAAGUUCUCUGCAAAGAAGAGCCAAAGGCAGUGUAAUAUUUGUACUGAUCCUGGCCUCAUACAGACCUCUUACUCUGGAACAAUGUGACUUAAUCUGAAAUAAAGCAGAAUCAUCCUUAAAGCUAAGGAGUGAGAGCACCUCUUAUCUGUGUUUCAUGUGGAUUUCAUGCACACUCUGCGUUCAUUCAGUCUUCACAGUAGAGAUGUUUCAGUGUGUUGCACCAUCAUUUCCUCUCCGAAGUCACGCAGAGUCAGAGCCACUCUGCAUCUGUUCUCUGCUGUUUGUUUGUUUGUUUGUUUUUCUCUCUCCUCCUGUGUGUUUAAGCGUCAAUUUCUGCCGGCCAGGGACAUGUGAAAAGAGCCACGGCACGAACGGAAAACAAGCCCUGAGAGACGAAGAUGAAGAGGAGGAGGGGGGUGAAAUGACAAAACGAGGAGGGGAGUGGAGCCCGGGAAUAAGCUGCGAUUAA